AGCAAUUAAUAUACCGUUCGUACACCUCAAAAAAUAUGUCUGUAUUCACUGAAGGAGGGGGAAUUAAACUGUCCCAGUGUCCUCCGUGCCUUGAGUUAUUUGUUAAAUAUUUUACAUAUUAGUUUACAACUAUGUAAAUAGUACGUGUUUGUUAAAUGGACAAGAUGGACAAAGAAUGUGCAUAUGAUUUCAGCCAUGAAAAGCGUGGAAUUGCGUUACUGAUACACAAUGAAGAAUAUGGCCCCGAAUCUGGUUUCAAAAAUAGACCAGGGGAUAAUGAAGAUUUUAAACACAUGUUGGAGAUAUUCAAGGAACUUGAGUUUGAUGUUCACCCUUAUAGAAAUUUAACAUCAACGGAAAUAUCUAAAAGAGCAAAAGAAGUUUCAGAGAUGUCCAAAAUUCAUGAAAAAUCCGAUUGUUUUGCCUGUGUCAUUGCUUCACAUGGAGAAGAAAUAGAGUUGGAAACCGAAAAGAAUAUUCAUAUCAAAGAACAUGUAAUUGUAGGCAUUGAUGGGCAAGUUGUCAAAACAAGGGAUAUUGUAGAAAUGUUCAAUGCAGAUAAUUGUAAAGAACUUAAAGAUAAACCGAAAUUCUUCUUUAUUCAGGCUUGCAGAACUAGCAAUGCUACCGUUUUAGGAAUGGACAGUGGACAUACAGUAACAAUAACAGAACAAAAGCAGCCGCAAGGUGGCAUUGUUGAUGGUAUUGAGAAUAUGCAAGCUGACUCUCAAAUAAUCGACAAAGUUGAUGCAAAUUGUAUAUCAACAAAUGCAAACUCUCUGUGUGAAAAUAAUCUUGAUACAAGACACUUGUCAUCUGCUGAACAACAGGUAGUUCACCAGGUAACAGACGUUGAAUGCCCUGAUGAUACUUUACUGAUGUUUGCCUCCUUAUCUAGAAACUAUGCCGUUCGGAAUCCCACUAAUGGUAGCUGGUUAUUAACUAGUCUUUACAGUCAAAUCAAGGAACAUAUAGACACUGGUAAAAUAUGUUCGACAGAAUUUAUGCAAAUCUUAAAUGGUGUCUUGAAAGAAAUGACGACAAAGAACUUCAAACCAUCUGAUACCACUUCACGAUUGUACGGAGCAUUUUCUCCUGGCUGUUAUACGCACUGUCUGUCAAGGGAUGUUCUCUUUCUGGAAAAGCAAUACAAAUAGAACUGUCGCUAUUGUAACGUUUUCGCUCUGUGUUGCUAUAGCAUUUUCGAUACCCUGAAGUGAAACUAUGACCCAUUGGCAAAACUAGACAAUCCGUCAGACAAACUUAUACUCGGCAAUAAAUACUAUUUCAAAUGACUGCUCCCUUGGGUCAACUCAACCCGUAAUCCAAUAGAUAUAGUUAAAAAUGCGUUGUUUCAGUAGACAGAAAUAACCAAUUCAUAUAAAGUUAAUGAUUUAAUGAAGUAUUAUGAUCAGUUAUAGACUUUCAAUAUUAAUGCAAACUAUAUCUUUUUUACAUGAGAUCAACAUACAAUGAAUAACAUUUUAAUAGUAUGCAAGCUAGUGAGUAACUCUGGUCAAGUUCUAUAUACAAAUGUAUUAAAUAAACAAUCUUAUUAACAA